ACAACAGCAAAUAUUCACAGAGCUGACAAGACUAUACUCGUCCACUAUAUAAUAACAUUUUGGUUUGAUCGAGAGCCAGGCUCUGAUAGACAGCAUGAUUAAUGCUGUGCUGGUGUUUAAUAACACCGGGCAGCCGCGCCUCACCCGAUUCUAUACGCAGCUUGACACCCAAAUCCAGCAAAAGCUCAUCAGACAAAUCUACGACCUAGUCUCCCAACGCCCACCCUCGGCAUGCAACUUCCUUCCUCUGCCACCGAUUCUAUUACAAGGCGCGGCGAACUCCUCCAAAGCAUCAUCUAGCGGCCCCUCUGACGCCCCUACUCAAAUCACGUAUCGUACUUAUGCGACACUUUCGUUUAUCAUGAUUUCUACGUCUACAGAAUCACCUCUCGCGCUGAUCGAUCUGAUUCAAGUCUUUGUCGAGGCUCUGGAUAGAUUGUUUGAAAAUGUUUGCGAGUUGGACCUCAUCUUUGGGUAUGAAACUAUGCAUGCGACCCUCAGUGAGAUGAUUAUUGGCGGCGUCGUUGUAGAGACUAAUCUGGAGAGGAUUGUCGCUGGAGUUAGAGCCCAGGAGGGCACCCGAGGCAAGAGGAGGGCCGUAGAUGCUGCUUCUACGGUCACGCGAGCUGGCAUACCGGGACUGGGAGGCUGGCGAUAGUUUUUGUUGAUUUUUGCUUUGAGUCCUUUCACGAUGUCUUGCAUACCCGGCGUUCUAUGUGUUUACUAGUUUCCUCUGCAUAAUAAACGGCAGCUUUACUCAUACAGAUCGUUGAAUGUGAAGUUUGUCUCAAGAUACACUUUAAUUGGC